UCUCUCGCACAAACACACCCAGAUCAGCGCAGUGAGUGAAAAUGGCCGGACAGGAGGAUCCAGUACAGAGAGAAAUCCACCAGGACUGGGCGAACCGAGAAUAUAUCGAGGUUAUAACCAGCAGCAUCAAGAAAAUAGCGGAUUUUCUUAAUUCGUUUGACAUGUCCUGCAGGUCCCGUUUAGCCACGCUGAAUGAGAAGCUCACUGCUUUGGAAAGGAGGAUUGAGUACAUUGAAGCCAGAGUUACAAAAGGUGAAACACUGACCUAAACAUCUUCAAACUGAAGACAAGAACCAUGUCCACAAUCCAUUUUUACUCAUUUUAUAAGUUCAGUAACCAACUGUUGACUGUUGUUGACCAGCUAGUUAAAGGCCUGGUUAGGAACUGCUGAAAGGGUGCGGCUCAGUUUCUGAGAAGCGAGUUUGUAAAAAAGGGAACAUAAAAAGGCCUGAGCUGCAGCAGUUCCUCACUGGGACUUUAAUGUGUUCGGGGACCGUUGUGAUUAUGACCAUUUUUUACAGUUUCUGCCUCAGUAGAAGCGAUGUUAAUGAUGCUCUGUUGAUUUGUUGUUGUUUCUGUGGUGCUGGCAUGUUUAUUUAAUCCUACAUUAAGUCCCUUUUUAUUUUAAACAGAUCUUACAUAUGUGAAACCUCAGACACUAAUAGUUUGGGAUUAAAUGUGUAAGAGAGAACACCCAGCAAACAUCCUGCUCAUAGAAAAUAACAAUAAUAAUAAUAAAUAAACAUAUUUACUUUGCUGUAAUUAACACUGGGUUUAGGUUAGGUGAUAUUAUGGGAUGAAGCAGAGUUAGUUUCUGAUUAUUUUGUGUCUCCUGUUUUACUGUAUUCGUUCCUUCCUCUGAUGAAACUCUGCUUCCUCCCGUUCCACCAGGUUUUGUGCUUUUUAAACAGAAUAAAACUCAUUUUAAUGUCCAUGUCAUUUCUUAAACUGUUUUUUUAGUUUGUUUGUUUAUUGUAAUCCAGCUUUGUUACAUUCCAUCAUGAGUACUGAUGUAAAACUGAUGUGAUUGUAUUUUAUUAUAAUUAUACUACAGAGAGGUUAUGAGGAAUUAAUACACAAUCCACCAGCCAAAUAAAGUGACCACGGUGUGAGAUUCAAUAAAUUCUGUACAAUGAGCACAUACAA